CGGAGCCGCGGCGCGGCAUGCACGCGCGCUGAGCAACGCUGCGAAGCUGGACGCCUGCAUAUAGCUCCUACACGCAGCGCGCAGCUGCUCAGCCAAGCGAGCCAGCGCCGCCCGCGGGCGGCCCACAAACAAGCACCAUGCCAAGCGCAGCGAAGCGAUCACGCGAAGCGCAGGACGACAAGCCCGCUCCCAAGCGCCAGCGCGGCGCGGCGACGUCGAAGGCGUCGACAAGACGCGCUUUACGCGCCGCGUUAUCUCGCUAUGCGAGAGUAGGUCAGACGGCGUUAGCCGCCGUGCAACGAGCUGAGGUAUUAUCAAGACGAAUAGAAGCGCAGACGCGAGAAGUCGAGGUCGCGCUGGCGGGCAUGAUGCCCAUGGGCGCCGGCGGGCCCACGGCUUCUGCCCUAGGGCCGGACGUCACGGCGGCCCUCACGAAAGCAAAAAGACGACUCGCCUCGUCCCAACGGCCGGCGCCGGCCGAUUUAGCUUUAAGGCUAGAUGAGAAGGGCCAGCACGUCGACGCUUCUGGGAGAGUCGUGGAUGAUGAACGAAGGGUCGCUUCUCUGUUAGUCCACGAGCGACAAGAGGACCAAAACAAACCCAAAAAAGUAAACCCCUACACGAAAUACGUGCCGGACCAUGAUGGAUGUGAUGUCAAUGACGAUAGGGUUGUGACGAAGAAACGCGCGUCGAAGAAGGACCGCGCGUUUGCGUUCGUCCAGGAGGGCCACUAUGUUAAGUUAGGUGAGGCUACAAGGGCCCGAGAGCAGCAGAAGCAUUUGAUGAAUGUGCAGAAGCCCGAGGAGCUCGACGAGCAGCCGGAAGACAUCUCUGAUUUGGAUGACGAGGAGGAGGACCGACUCCCGCCGCGGUCGGAGCACUACGCUUCGGUGCCGGGUACCGAGUGGUGGGACGAGGCGUUUUUAUCUCCUGAGAGGCAAGCGAAGCGGAACACGUCCGUUGCCGAAAGGAUGAAGGACGACUACUCGAAGUGUCGGCUCGACCACAACCGGUUCCAUGGUCUUAUUCAUCACCCGUCGCAAGUGCGGGCUCUUGGUGGCGAGAAGAAGCAGCCGGCGAACAUGCCCUUCUACUUGACAGCGAGAGAUCGGAAACGAGUGAGACGACAACAGCGCGCGGAGCGAGAGCGCGAGAGACAGGACAAGAUCCAACUCGGGUUGAUCCCGCCCCCGGAGCCCAAAUUUAAACUCUCGAACUUCAUGAAGGUGCUUGGGGAGCAAGCUGUCGCCGAUCCGUCGAAAUUGGAGAGAAGGGUCAUGGAGCAGGUGCGCGGUCGACUCACAAAACACGAGAUGCGGAAUCAGGCUCGGAAGCUCACGCCCCAGGAGAAGAAGGAGAAGAUGCGGCGGAAGAUGGCCGAGGACACGUCUUCUGGGGUUGUGGUCGCUGUGUUCUAUGUCGCUAGUCUACAAAGCAGCCAACAUCGGUUCAAGAUUGACGUGAACGCGCAACAGCUAGGCUUGACGGGCGGCGUGUUGAUAUGUUCGGCACCGGAUCUGCCCUGUGCUCUCGUGGUCGUAGAAGGCGGUCCUCGCGCGGUCAAGAGAUUUUCAGCAUUGAUGAAUCGGAGAAUAGAUUGGGCCGACACUUCAGAACUCCAGGGCGAAAACUACGCGCGGAACUGGGCCAAGGAGGUCUGGAAGGGGACCACUGUCAGACGGAACUUUGCUGCUUUCAAAUUCCAGGAGUGCAAGUCGUCGCUGACGGCUAGACGGGUGCUCGAUGCGAAGGGCGUCGCGCACUACUGGGACAUGGUCGCGUCGGCGCACAAGCAGGGGCCGCCUCCUAUUGAAGAGGACGAGUCCGACGAGGACUGAGGCCGCGCGGCGUAAAACUUUUAACUCCAGG